AUGUCGUUGGCUGAUGAGUUAAUAGCUGAUCUCGAAGAUGAUCCAAUUAAUGAAAAUAGACAAACAAUAUCAACAAAUGGAAACGUUGAAGAGAUGGAUAUUGGAGAGAAUGUGCACGCAGAUUCAUUUCUAUUAACGGACACAAUGUCAAAAAUAAAUUUUUACCAAAAUAAUGUUCGUAAAUCGGGUGAAGUAUGUGGUCCUGUUGAACAAGAUCCCGAAUAUCUAUUAAUUGUUGAUGCUAAUAAUUUAUUGGUAGAAAUUGAUAAUGAAAUAAAUGUUAUACAUAAAUUUGCCCGAGAUAUUUAUCAUAAACGUUUUCCCGAAUUAGAACAACUAGUACAACAACCAAUGGAUUAUCUAAGAACAGUUAAAGAACUUGGUAAUCAUGUUGAAAAAGCAAAACAUAAUGAACAUUUACCAAACUAUUUGACACCUGCAACAAUUAUGAUUGUUAGUGUAUCAGCAUCAACAACACAAGGAGCCGAUUUGACGAAAGAUGAGCUUGAUCGCGUCACGGAAGCAUGUGAUAUUGCGAUAAAACUAGAUGAACAUAAAGCAACUAUAUUAAAAUAUGUUGAAUCAAGAAUGACAUUUAUUGCACCCAAUUUAUCAUUAAUUGUAGGAGCAUCAACCGCUGCAAAACUAAUGGGUAUUGCUGGUGGCUUAACAAAUUUAACAAAAAUGCCAUCGUGCAAUAUUCUGUUAUUGGGUUCACACAAAAAAUCAUUGGGAGGUUUUUCAUCAACACAACAGUUACCGCAUGCUGGAUGCAUUUAUUAUUCAGAUAUUGUACAAAAUUGUCCAGCUGAUUUACGUGCAAAAGUAGCGCGAUUAGUUGCCGGUAAAGUGACAUUGGCAGCACGCGUCGACAGUUUUCAUGAAAGUGCAGAUGGAAAAGUUGGCGAUUUUUAUCGUUCAGAUAUUGAACGUCGUUUAGAAAAAUUACAAGAACCACCACCAGUAAAAGCUGUCAAACCUUUGCCACCACCUAUUGAUCCGGGACGAAAGAAACGUGGUGGUAGACGAGCAAGAAAAAUGAAAGAACGAUUAGGCAUGACUGAUUUAAGACGACAAGGCAAUCGUAUGAUAUUCGGAGAAAUUGAUGAAGAUGCGUAUCAAGAUGCCGUUGGAUUUUCAUUUGGCACAAUUGGAAAAUCUGGUUCUGGUCGUAUUCGUGCUCCCCAAGUCGAUUCAAAAACCAAAGCAAGAAUUUCACAAAAACUUCAUAAAACUCUUCAACGUCAAAAUAACACUUUUGGCGGUAUGACAACGGUUAAAAAACAUGUAUCUGGUACAGCAAGUAGUGUGGCAUUUACACCGUUACAAGGUCUUGAAAUUGUGAAUCCAAAUGCAGCCGAUAAAGAUAAAACUGGUAUUGAAAGUCAAAAAUAUUUUUCAAAUGCAUUUGGUUUUACAAAAAUUUCACCAUCCGUCAUACCAAAGACAACUUAA